GAUGGCAUGGCCCACAAGCACCGUGAAACUGAAGACACCAUGAUCCGCGCUGUUCGUAAGACUCUGGCUCACAAGAAGACAAGUACGUGGCACAUACCAUGGACCUGAAGCGCGCAGUAACGAGGAGCAUCGACUCGGAGAUGGAGUUACCCCGCGUCGCGACUGGGAUCGUCCGGAGGAGUAUCAGGAUCUUCGAGUCUGCCGGACUCUGAUACUCAAGCGAUACCAACUCUUGCAUGUCAUUGGAUCUGCGGGAAGUCUCACACUGUGUUCGUUCACGUUGUUCGCGCUCAUUACUGGGUUAUGAGACAUCCAAGAUAUUGCACCGUGAUAUCAACAUCAAGUACAUUAUGUGGUAUAUGCGGGACGGUCAAAUCAUCGGCGUGCUAUGUGAUUGGACCUCGUCGAGGAACACAGCAAAGGUGACGCCGGUCAUCCGACCUGCAGACGGACGAACGCUUCCUCGCCAUCAAUCGCGAGCACCAGCAAACAGGCGAGCCAUUCAGAUGAGCCUGAGGGCGCGCAAAAUCCGAGGUAUCGCGCCGGCACAGGUCAAUCCAAGGCCUGGACCUGCUACGACUCGGAGAGGCCUACCUUCACAAGUAUCGCCAUGACCUCGAGUCAUUUUUCUAUGUCUACGUCUACGUUGCCUCCGCGUACGAUCCGCUGAAUAAUGUGUUCGG